UAGCAGCAGUAACACUAACACUAACAGUAACAGUAACAGCGCAGCGGCACAGCAACAACAGCAGCAAUACCAGUAGCAGUGAGCCAUUGACCUAGAGGAUCGUCCAUCCAUCUGCAAGUGUGUGCGUGAGUGAGCGCGCGCGCGUGAUUGUGUGUGUGCGCGUGGCGUACGUAUACGUACCAGCGACGAGCACUUUUGUGUAAGUACGUGUGUGGCCGUGUAUGUACAUUUUGUGUAUGUCUGCCUUUUUAGUGUCUCGUGAGUUACGAAUCGGGCCUUCUUGUGUGUGUCUUCUUCGUCGCCGUUACUACGCAAGAUAGCCGUUACAGCCUUCUCGGAGCCUCCCCUUCCCCCACGUGUAAACAUGAAGAUUGGUGCUCACCGAGUGAUGUACGUCACCAGGCAGACUUGAGAAGCAGCUUCACCACAAGCACGGAGUGUCCUUUCUUCUUGUAUGCUCUAUUAGCUGCUUUUGUAAUGAGGGGCAUGGAGCUGCCCACAACCCACUAUCGUCACUGACAGGCAGUCGCAGUGAGAGGACACUCCAGAACAUAAUAUAAGACAAUCGAGUUUCCAGAUAGCAGAGCUUUCCAUCAUGCAAAAGAGAGAGAGAGAAAAUAGGGCCGAUAAGGACCUGCAACGUGGUACGGAUCGAGACAGAGAGCGUGAACAAGAAGCUGCUAAGAGAGCCUGGCGAGUCAGUAGUAAUACCACUAGGAUCAACAUGCAUACCUCUCGACACAGUGUUACUUCCACGUCGAAUCUACUCAUGGUUGGUCCUAAUUUCCGAGUUGGAAAGAAAAUUGGCUGUGGUAACUUUGGAGAGCUUCGACUUGGAAAAAAUCUCUACAAUAAUGAACACGUAGCAAUUAAAAUGGAACCAAUGAAGUCAAAGGCGCCACAGCUUCACUUGGAAUAUAGGUUUUACAAAUUAUUAGGUACACAGGAAGGCGUGCCGGAAGUGUAUUAUUUCGGCCCGUGCGGCAAAUACAACGCGCUGGUGAUGGAACUCCUUGGUCCAAGCCUCGAAGAUCUCUUCGACCUCUGCGGGAGAAAAUUUACCUUAAAGACCGUCCUCAACAUUGCCACGCAACUUCUCCAUAGGAUAGAAUACGUUCACAGUCGACAUCUUAUAUACCGGGAUGUAAAACCGGAGAAUUUCCUCAUCGGACGAAAUACGACCAAUAGGGAAAAGAUCAUUCACAUCAUCGACUUCGGACUAGCCAAAGAGUACAUAGACCUGGAAACCAAUAAACACAUACCUUAUCGAGAACAUAAAAGUCUGACGGGCACAGCGCGAUACAUGAGCAUUAACACACAUCAAGGAAAAGAACAAAGCCGAAGAGACGACCUCGAGGCGCUCGGACACAUGUUCAUGUAUUUUCUAAGGGGUAGUCUGCCGUGGCAAGGACUGAAAGCCGACACUCUGAAGGAACGAUAUCAGAAAAUCGGUGAUACGAAACGCGCCACGCCGAUCGAGGUACUGUGCGAGGGUCAUCCCGAAGAGAUGGCCACAUACCUGCGCUACGUGCGCAGACUCGACUUCUUCGACACACCGGACUACGAGUACCUGAGGAAGCUCUUCCAGGAUCUUUACGACAGAAAAGGCUACGCCAGCGACGCCGAGUUCGACUGGACGGGCAAAACCAUGUCGACGCCAGUAGGAUCGUUGCAGACGGGCCAUGAGAUCCUCGUCUCACCGAAUCGAGACAGACAUCCUGCAAAUUACAAGGAAUGCAAUGAUAACGAAGAUUUUAUUCUCAUAACGGAUGAAGUUUGUUGUGUGGAGAUGCACGGCAAAUACGACGCGGCUGGUGACGGGGUGGGAGGAGGGGGCGGUAAGGGGGUAAGGGGGACAAUCAAGCAAUCGGGCGCCAGUGGCACCUUGACACCCGCCGACAGACAUGGCUCCGUACAGGUUGUAUCGUCGACGAAUGGAGAGUUGGCAAAUGAUGAUCCAACGGCUGGCCACUCAAAUACACCAAUAACAGCACCACCAGAAGCGGAAAUGAUAGAUGAAACCAAUAUUUGCUUAAUUUCCAGAUGCUGCUGCUUCUUCAAGCGAAAGAAAAAGAAAAGUGGCCGACAGAAAUGACUGACCGUAACGGUCGGUCUCGGGGGUACCACGGUUCAGUGUACGGGUGUUAAUGCCGGGGGCGGAGCAGGAGUUGGAGAAGGUGGAGGAGGAGGAGGUGGUGGAGGUGGAGGAGAUGGAGGAGGAGGAAAAGGAGGCCCCGUGGAGCGCCUCGGAGCGAAGCGAGGACUAAUCGACGGCGGCCGCGUGGCGGCCCUCGGCCGGGGAGAUCCGGAGCGCGAGGCCGUAACGCUGCUCCGCGCCAGCAGCCACUCGGUCUCCCGUGACUCGGUCCUGCACACCGUCACCCUGACACCAACCCCCACCCCCACCCCACCGCCUUUGUCCAAUUGAAUAUUCACCCAGACUCGCAAGAAGAAACACGCGCGCGCGCUCACACCCACUUACAUGUACAUGCGUAUACCUGCCUACCUACCUACCUGUUCACCACCCCCAUGCUCCCGCACGCCCACCCAUCCAAACACACGCGCGCGCAUGCAAACAAACAAGUCACACACUCGCGCACGCACACGAAACACAAAACAUAAAAAACGAGCCAUCGCAUAACUACCAUGGAAAUCGCUACUACUGCAGAUAUAUCAACAUUAUCAUCUUUAUUCCUCGUAUUAUCAUUACUAUUUUUA